CUGGAGGCCUUCUGCGACGAGGACACGGCCAUGUGUUUGGUGAUGGCGCCGAACUGCAAAUUGGAACCGGGCUUUCCGGCCAAGCUCGCGAACAAGGGCAAGAGUCUCGCGUUCCUCAAAGCGGCGCCGGUCGUCCUGACCAAGGAGAAGUUCGACCCGUCGGUCUUGGUGAUGACCGAAUUGCAGGGUGCCGCUCCCGUGGAGCACUUGGAACUGUUGGCCUCGGAAUGUUUCCUACCGGUCCUGAGCAACCCCUUGAAUCAGCGGAAGUGGGGCGAGGUCGCCACCAGAGAAAUCCUCGACAAGUUCGUCGCGUUCCUGAACAGCACGACCAUCAUGUGCGGCCACGUGAAGGGCGAGACGCGCCUGCCGAUGCCGCCCGACGAUUCCCAAUCCGUCAACGUGAAGAACCGCGUUGGGUUACUGGAGGGCGCCGUCAUCACCUGGACGAAGCAGAUCAAGGCCGUCCUCAAGCAGGACCCCGAGCAGGCCCUGAAAGACGGCCAGGAUCCCACGCCGGACGUGGAAUUGACGUUUUGGCGCCAUAAAGCGAAUAACUUAAAUGCGAUCUUCGACCAGUUGCAGUCGCCGCGCAUCCGACGCGUUCUCAGAGCUUUAGAUUUGGCGAAGUCGACGUACUGCACGACCUUCAGUCGACUGUGCAAAGAAGUGUACACGGCGCGCCUCGAGGCGAACGACAACGUAAAAUUUCUCAGAACUUUAGAAGAUUGGUUCGACAAGCUUAGUAGUGCGGAGGACUUCCCGGCCUGCGAGGACCUGUUCAAGCCCAUGCUCCACGUCGUGUUAUUGAUCUGGAAGAACUCGCGGCACUACAACACGCCCGCAAGAUUAGUGGUACUCAUGCGCGAGGUCUGCAACUCGAUCAUCGAACAGGCCUGCAACUACGUGAGUGGCGAGACGAUCUUCCAGAAGAUUGACGCGGAAGAGACGCACUUAGCUGUGGUCGAGAUCAAAACGUUGUUACGAGUCUGCGGCUCCUUCAAAGCCACGUACAAAGAAUAUAAGAGAACGGCCGACGCCGAGUGCCCCGCGAACCAGUGGCGCAUACAAAAUAAUGCUCUAUUCUCGCGGCUCGACGCGUUCUUGGAGCGGUGCCACGACGUCUUGGAUUUUGCACAAACCGUAGUGCAAUUUACGAAGCUUGGUAGAAUUGAGGUCGGCGGCACGAAAGGUAAAGCCCUCACCGCGAGUGUGGAGGCCAUCUUCGCGGACUUCAACGGCGCCGUCGAGAGGUUCCGGGGCGUGGGCUACGAGAUUCUCGAUAUCAACGAGAGCAAGUUCGAGAGCGACUUUAAAUCAUUUAGAAAGACCAUCACGGAGCUGGAGCGGAGAUUAGGUAAUGUGGUCUGCCAGGGGUUUGAUGACUGCUCUACCGUUUAUGGUCGCUUCCGCGUGUUUGAUACUUUUGAUGGCUUGUUAGAGAGGCCUACGAUCCAAGAUGAAUUGGAGAAGCGCUAUGUGUUACUAGUGAAGGCCUUCGGCUCUGACUUGAAGGUCGUCCAGGAGCUGUUCUUGCAUUAUAGGGACGAGCCGCCCGUCGCCGCGAACCUCCCUCCUAUUAGUGGCGCCCUGACCUGGUGCCGCGGACUACUCGACCGCGUGCGCGUGCCGAUGAACAAGCUCGUGCAGCUCGACAAGUCCGUCCUGGACCGGGAAGAGGCGAAGGAGGUGACCAAGGUCUACUCGACGUUAAAAGCUUCUCUGGAGGAGUACGAGUCCCAGAAGAUCGAGGAGUGGGGCCGCGACGUGGAGGCGUCGUCGCACGUCAAACUCUCGCUCCCUCUGUUAACGAGGGACGAGGCAACGCAUUAUAUUAGUGUGAAUUUCGAUCCGGCGCUCGUUCGACUCCUCCGAGAGACGAAGUACUUCCUGCUAGCGGAGCUGCAGGUGCCCGAAUCGGCCCUAGCCAUCUAUGCCCAGGUCGAAACCUUUAGAGUCUGGACGCAAAAAUUAGACAUGGUCGUCGCGAAGCACAACGGGUCAUUGGCCAAGUUGCUGCCGGUGGAAAAACCGUUGAUGCAGCCCUACUUGGAUAAAUUUGACAUCGCCGCGGAAGAAGGCUUAACAACUCUAAACUGGGAGACGCACGGCGACGAGUUAGAGAAAACUAAGAGAGACGAAUAUAUUGCUGAAGCGACGGCUGCUGUAGAUAUUGUAGAUGAAUACACGUGCAGCAUGAAGGCGAACCUGGACCAUGCGAACGAGAUCAUGGAGCGCUGGACCUCGAAACCUUUAUUAGAGCGAGAUAAGAAACCGGUCGAGCUCAUCGAAUUUGAUCGAGUGUUCAAAAAAGCGAAAUCGGAGAGGUACGCGGACAUCAAGGAGGGCGGCAAGGAGGUGGAGCGCAUGCUCAAGGACACGAACAAGAUGCUACGCGUCAGCAACGCGUCGCUCGACUGGCACGCGUACAUCGAUUUCAUCAACAACAUCGUCGUGGACGGUCUUGCCGGUGUUAUUACCGUGUCCCUCGAGUUCUUCUUAGAUCAAAUUGAUCCAGAACAUAUUGCUGAGGCUUCGUUACUGCCCAUGCUUGAAAUUACACUCGACUUAGUAGAGGAGGGUCCUAGAUUCACACCUAGAAUAGGCUGCACGGAGAACGGCAAGGGCCUGCGCGACAUCUCGAACAACUGGGUUUCGAGUUUCUUCCAGGUCGCUACUUUAUUUAAACGGUUAGAUUGCGACGGGACGUACAUGCGCGAGAUGCACACCGACCCCGACGUCUGCUUGUUGAUGGCCGUGAUUGAAGAUACGCAAGAUACCAAUGAAAGGAUGCUCCUGGAGUUGCGCGGACAAUUUGAUGAGUUAAGCUUCCUGUGGACUACUGAUAGGGAAGUAUUUUUUAAGGAGUUCACGUCAGACGCUCUUGUAGAAACAGAACAUGCUACGUACCUAGAUUUAGCUAAAUAUGACACGGCCAUCACCAAGUAUCUUGAUAUAGCUGAACGAGUAGGCAGGGCCAAAUCUCCCGCCGACGUCGGAUGGUUGAGGUGCAACACCCAACCCAUAAAAGAUAGCUUGUUAGAUCUCAGUCUAGUCUGGAAGGACAUGCACACGGAUUAUCUGAGGGAUCAUCUCGUAUCAACAUUGGAUAGGUUCGACUCCUUCACGAUCCAAGUGGAAGAGGGCUUAGCGAUGCCCGUGGAUGAUGGAGAAAACGUCGGCAACUUGCGGCAGGUCAUGAGGGAUAUCUUGGAGACCACAAAGGCCGAAUUGUUUACCAUGGACAUGUUCCCCCCGCUCAAGGAGUGCCUGGCGUUACUCCGCCACCACCAGGUCGACAUGGGCGGCGAACGAAUUCCGUCGAAAGGAGAAGUGCGACGACGAGAGGCCAGGGGCAAGCCCGACGACUGGGUGCCCGACGGGCCGCCGGACUUGUCCAAGUCCAAAGUCGUCGCCGAUUAUUUAGAUGAGGCCCCCCAGAUCUGGGAAGGCAUUGUCAAGUCAAAAUACGCCAAAAAAGACGCGAUCGCGCCCAUCAAGAUGCAGGAGGAGAUCAAGCUCAAGGAGGAGCUCAACGCUUAUUAUGAAGAAAUGAGAGCUUUUAGGGGAGAGUUCCGCGGGAACGCGCCCUUCGCGCACCAGGGCACCGCCGAGGAGGCCUAUGCCGAGAUCGACGUGUUCGCGAAGAAAUUGGAGGACUUUGCGACGAGAGCGGCGGACUUCAACAAACAAGAAGAAUUAUUUGAGUUGCCCGUGUCGAAAUACCCGGAACUACCGCAGACGCUCAUGGAGCUACGAUUGCUACGGGCCCUGUGGGACUUCAAGGCCAUGGUCAUGUUCACGUAUGAUGGCUGGAAAAGGUGUGAUUGGGAUGCGGUCGACACGGAUAAACUCGAGAGUCAGAAUAAAACCAUACUAAAAACUCUGCGAGCGAACGGUAAUAAUGAUCAAAUAAUCAAGCAGUGGCAGGUCUUCCGGGACAUCGAGGACGCCAUCAAGAACAUGCAGAUCGUCUUGCCGUUGAUUAACGACUUACAUAGUGACGCCUUGCAAAAUAGGCACUGGAAAGCGCUCGCAAGAGUGUGUAGUGUUGCGAAGGUCGAACCGACGGCCGAAGGCUUCUCACUAGGAGACAUGAUGGCCCUCAAACUACAUACGAGGGUCGAGGAGGUGCAAGAAGUGGUCGAAACGGCGCAAAAAGAAAAGAAAAUAGAAAAGAAGCUCGCGGACAUCUCCGGCGCGUGGAAGGAGUUCCAGAUCGACUACCGGCCCCACAAGGCCACGGAAGUCAGUCUCAUCUCGUUAUCAGAAGAAGUUCUGGAAGCGUUAGAUGCGCACAUGCUGGAAUUACAAACCAUGCUCGGCAUGGGGAAAUUCGUCGAGUUUUUUAAGGCCGGCGUCGAGGAGUGGCAGGUCAAGCUGUCCAACGUCCAGUCCACCAUUGGUGUGUGGGAGAAGGUUUCUCGCUCUUGGGCUGCUCUCGAAUCGAUCUUCUUGUCGUCAGCGGACAUCCGAGCUUCACUGUCGGACGUGACGAAGAUUUUUGAGGGCAUCGACGCCGAGUUCAAGGCCAUGAUGCAGGAAAGUUGCACGGAGUUUAAUGUUAUAAAUGCGUGUAACGUCGAUGGGAAGGAGCAGGCUCUAACAGAGAUGAAGAAAGGUCUGGAUAAGUGCCAGCGGGCAUUGAACGAGUACUUGGACGUGAAGAAAGCCAUCUACCCUAGAUUUUAUUUCGUCAGUGCCGUGGCGUUGUUAGACAUGCUGGCCAACGGCACGAACCCGCGGAAGAUCAUGCCGUAUCUGGGGGACUGCUACGACGCGCUCGCCAACCUCAUCUUCAUCAAGGACGAAGCGACGGGCGAGGAAUCCAAUAAAACGGCGGACAUCAUGGUGGCAAAAGAUCGGGAACGCAUCCCCAUGCACGAGCCGUUUACCAUGGAAGGAGAAGUAGAACUCUACUUGAACCGGUUAACGGACGCGAUGCAAGUCACGCUGCGCCACCAGAUGCUCAAGGGCAUCGAAGAUGGCGUGAACUGGGAGACCUCCGAGGAAUUACCUAGACAUAAAUGGUGCUUCAAGUACCCCGCGCAAGUCGUGCUCACGGGCUCGUUGAUCUACUGGACCGAAGAGACGGAGCAAGCUUUAGAGGAGUUGGAAGGUGGCAAGGAAGACGCCGUGAAGCUGACCUACCAGAACUCUCUUACCAGACUAGGACACUUGAUCCAGUUGGUAUUAGGAGAACUCACGUCGGGUGACAGAUGCAAGAUCAUCACGUUCAUCACGAUGGACGUGCACGGCCGCGACGUGCUCAAACUCAUGGUCGAUAGUAAAAUAGAAGGACCGGGGGCCUUCAUGUGGCAGCAGCAGCUCAGGUUUUACUGGGAGCACGACGUCAUGGACGUAAAUAUAAGAAUUUGUGCGUACGCGGUGUGAAUUGAACCUUACGCCAUCGACGCGACGCGUCUGGAUCAGACGAGGUCGUGAGUGGUCUUUUUUUUUAUUUUGAGCCGUUUCGUGAUGGUACGAUCCGCGCAGGCGACUUCAAGACGAAAUACUUCUACGAGUGGACGGGCAACGUCGGGCGGCUGGUCAUCACGGCCCUCACGGACCGAUGUUACAUUACGUUGACGAUGGGGCUGCGCUUGUUCCUGGGCGGCGCGCCGGCCGGUCCUGCGGGUACCGGUAAAACGGAAACGACGAAGGACUUAGCCAGAGCGUUAGCCUUGCCGUGCUACGUCUUCAAUUGUUCGGAUCAGAUGAACUACCAGUCCAUGGCCGACAUCUUCCGGGGUCUCGCACAAACAGGAGCCUGGGGCUGCUUCGACGAGUUCAACCGCAUUAGCAUCGAGGUGUUAUCUGUGGUAGCCACCCAAGUGAAAACAGUACAAGACGCGAUCGUCAAGUACGCCGUACCGAGUCGCAGAGAGGAGCAGUACCAGCAUUUGAGCGCGGGCACGCCUCCCAACAAAGUGGGGAAAUUCGACUUCUUCGGGACGAUCAUCGACCUCAUUCCCACCUGUGGUUUUUGGAUUACCAUGAAUCCCGGCUAUGCCGGCCGUACGCCCCUACCAGAAAAUCUGAAGGCCUUGUUCCGAUCGUGCGCGAUGAUCCGGCCCGACCUGAAACCCAUCUGCGAGAACAUGUUGAUGUCUGAAGGUUUUCAAACCGCUCAAAAAUUAGCUAUUAAGUUCGUCACUCUCUAUGCUUUGAGCGGUGAACUUUUGAGUAAGCAGGCGCAUUAUGACUGGGGUCUGAGAGCUGUCAAAUCAGUAUUGAGAGUCGCGGGCAAGAUGAAGCGCGCCGAGCCGGACUUGGAGGAGGCCCAGAUCCUGAUGCGCGCGCUGCGCGACUUCAACACGCCGAAGAUCCCGGCGGUGGAUACUCCUAUCUUUUUAAGACUGAUCUCGGACCUGUUCAUGGGUUUAGAGGUACCAGUAAAAGUCGACGAGGGCCUCAAGCAGCGCAUCGUGCGCGUCGCGAACGACACGGGCAUUCAGUAUGAUGACAUCUUCAUUCUGAAGACGUGCCAGUUCCAGGAGCUGCUGGACGUGCGCCACAGCGUCAUGUUGUUGGGCCCGGCGGGCUGCGGCAAGACGGAGAUCUGGAAGUGCCUCGCGGGCACGCACAACCUGGACAAGCCCAAAAAAACUUGCGUCUACGAGACCGUAAACCCGAAAAGUGUUUCCGGCGACGAGCUUUAUGGGUAUAUGACCCUCUCAAAAGACUGGAAGGACGGCUGUCUGUCGAUUAUUAUGCGGGGCAUGGCCAAGAACUUCGCCGAACAAAGCUUUUAUGAAUAUCAAACCUAUAAAUGGGCCGUCUUAGAUGGCGACAUCGACGCGGUCUGGAUCGAGUCCAUGAACACGGUCAUGGACGACAACAAGGUGCUGACGCUCGUCUCGAACGAACGCGUGCCCUUGAGCGACGCGAUGCGCAUGGUCUUCGAAAUUAACAGUCUGAAGAACGCGACGCCGGCGACGGUCUCGCGCGCCGGUAUUUUGUACAUCAACGAGUCCGAUAUUGGGUGGAGACCUUUCGUGGAAACGUGGCUCGCUGAUCGAGAAAAAGCGGAGCUCAUGACGCAAAUAGAAGCGCAGAACCUCCUCGGCCUCUUCGACAAGUACGUCGAUUCGACGGCGGCGAUGACAAGAAAAGGCUUCAAGAAGUGCACGCCGAUCUACCUCAUGAACCAAGUGCAAACUACGGUGUAUCUCCUAGAAGCCCAGUUCGACGCGGCGGCAGGAGUCGACAUGACUUUAGAACUCAUGGAAAAAAUUUAUGUGUUCUGCCACAUCUGGGCCUUCGGCGGGCCCAUGAUCAUCGACAAGCAGACGGACUUCCGGAAGCGGUUCUCGGACGAUUUUAAACAAACAUUUCCGACCGUGCUCUACCCGCCCGAGGGUGAUGUGUUCGACUACUACUUCGAUUCGCAAACCGAUCAGCACGUUCAUUGGAGGGAUUCCCUGGAGAAGUACGUGCCCGAGGCCAUUGGCUCUGGGCCUGGAGAAACUGCAUUCAUGGCUCUGAACGUGGAGACCGUCGAUAGCAAACGUACGAAGUACUUAAUUGAUGUUUUGAUGAGACGAGGCCGAAAUGUGAUGUUGGUUGGCACGGCGGGCACGGGCAAGACGGCGACGAUCAACAAGUACUUGAAUGGCUUGGACAAGGACACCGACGGUUUAUUAUCAUACUCUAUAGUGAUGUCCUACUUUACGGAUAGCGCCAAGUUACAGGUAGAUUUAGAGCUACCGAUAGACAAGCGAGCGGGCAGGAUGUUCGGCCCCCCGACCGGAAAAAAGUUGAUCUACUUCAUCGAUGAUUUGAACCUGCCGUACAUCGAAACGUACGGCACGCAGAAUAGCAUCGCGUUAUUGACGCAAUUGCUGCAACACGGUACCAUAUUCGAUAGAGCCGACCUAGGAUUUAGGAAGGAGAUCGUGGAUGUGCAGAUCAUCACGGCCAUGAAUCCCACGUCCGGCAGCUUCGAGAUCUGCGAGCGCGGCCAGAUCCAAUUCGCGACGUUCUCGUGCGCCAUGCCCUCGACCACCGACUUACAAACCAUCUACGAGCAGAUCUUCAACGGCCACGUCGAGCGCUUCGACAAGAAAGCGAAGGAGACGGCGCCGUUUAUUGUGUCGGCCUCGAUCGGUUUAAUUGACAAGGUCGCGGCGAAGUUCUUACCUACGUCUGUCCGCUUCACCUACUUCUGGACCAUGCGCGAGAUGACGAACCUGUUCCAGAACAUGUGUCUGGCCAAAGAUAAAUACUACGGCACGGGCGAUGCGCUCGCGAAGCUGUGGUGCCACGAAUGUCGCCGUGUCUUAGCUGACAGGUUAAUAACAAUAGACGAGACCAAAAUCAUCGACGACAUGAUCGGCGAGUGCCACGCGGACCACCUCAAAAAACAAGGCGUAAGUGCCGAUGUGUUACUGAAUGACGCCGAACAUGCGAACAUCUACACGACGUUCACGGCAGUCGAGCCGGACGGCGCCUACCGCCCGAUUGAUGAUUUAGCACAAUUAUCAAAAGUGCUCGAGGCGAAACUCGUGGAAUACAAUGAAAGUAAUGCGAUGAUGGACCUGGUCCUUUUUGACGACGCGAUGUCGCACAUCUCAAGGAUCGCGCGCAUCAUCUCGAACCCCGCCGGGAACGCCAUGCUCAUUGGUGUUGGUGGUAGUGGUAAACAGUCCCUCACGAAACUUGCGGCAUUUAUUUGUGGGUAUGAAACCAAACAGUUAGAGGUAACAUCAGCAUACAGCGAGAACGACUUCAAGGAGGACAUCAAAUUGUUCUACACGCUCUGCUGCUCGAAAGAUACGCCCAUGGUGCUGCUGAUGACGGAUUCGCAGAUCGUCAAUGACCGAUUCUUGAUCUAUAUUAAUGCCUUAUUAAGUGCAGGAUGGGUCAGCGACCUCCUAGCGAAGGAUGAAUUGGACGCCAUCACGGGCUCGCUGCGCAACGAGAUGAAGGCGAACGCGCCGCUGUUAAAUCCCGAUGAUCCUAAUGAUGCCCAAACAUAUAUGAUCCAGAAGUUCCGGAUCCGCUUCAAGCUCGUAUUAGCUUUCUCGCCGGUGGGCGACACCUUCCGGAUUCGUGCUAGAAGGUUCCCCGGUUUGAUCAAUUGUACCGCUAUUGAUUAUUUCCACCCCUGGCCUCAUCAGGCUUUGGUGAGUGUCGCGAACCGCUUUUUAGCUGAUGUGGAACUAGAAGAUGAAUCGUUGAAGGGCAAACUAGCUCUACACAUGGCCCUCGAACAUCUCAGUGUCGGUGACGCGUCCGCGAAGUACGCGCAGACGCAGCGCCGGUACAACUACGUCACGCCCAAGUCGUAUCUCGAAUUGAUCGGCUUUUAUAAAUAUGUCUUCGGCGAGAAGCGCCAGGACAUCCAGCGGCAGAUCGAUCGGUUGGACGUCGGUCUUUCUACUUUAAAGAAAACGUCAACGGACGUCGCGGAACUCAAGAUCGACCUAGAAAGGACCAUGGUCAUGGUCGAGGAGAAGAAGAGCGCCACGGACGCGCUCAUCAUCGAGAUGGGCAUCUCGCGGAACAUCGCCGAGAAGGAGGGCGCGGCCGCUAAUAUAGAAGCGGAGAAAGCAGGUGUUGCGUCUGCGGCAGCUCUGGAAGUCAAGACGUCGGCCGAGGCCGAGCUCGCCGAGGCCGAGCCGGCCAUGCAGGCCGCGGCGGACGCCGUGGCUUGUUUGACCAAGAACAUGCUCGGUGAGCUCAAGUCUCUACCGAAGCCUCCAGCAGGCGUGGAAAAGGUGACGGCCUGCUGUCUCAUCUUGCUCGAGCACGAGUACAAGCAGCACCUGAAGUGGGACCGGGCCAAGAAGAUGAUGGGCAACGUCGACGCGUUCAUGACGACGCUCCAGGAGUACGACGGCAGGACGAUGCCCGAGAACGAGAUCCCGAAAAUUGAAGUCUUCGUGAACGACCCCGAGAUGACCGUCGACGCGAUGAAGAAGAAAAGUGCCGCUGCUGCUAAUUUAUGGACGUGGGUCGUGAACAUCUACGGGUUCAACCGGAUCUACGUGAAAGUAAAACCCCUCAUGGACGCGUUAGACGAGGCGAACGCGUCGAAGGCCGCUGCCGAUGAAUCUCUGGCUGCUGCUCAGGCUACGGUGAAGAGGUGCGAGGACGAGUUGCAAGCCUUGCAGGAUAAAUUCGAAGCGGCUACUGCUGAGAAACAGGAGGUCGAGGAGAUGGCCGAGGCCUGCUUGGAGAAGCUUGGUCUAGCGGAGAGAUUAGUGGGCGGUCUCGCGUCGGAGAACGAGCGCUGGGGCCGGGAGAUCGAGGAGAUGAAGGUCUCGACGAAUUGUCUGAUCGGCGACUGUAUGGUCGCCGCGGGUUUUGUGUCGUAUGUCGGUGCGUUCGACCAGAAGAACCGGGAGGCGUUGUGGAAGACGACGUGGCUCGAGGACCUCAAGCAGAACGGCGUGCCGAUGAGCGAGACGGUCGACCCGCUGCCGAUCCUCGUGACGGACUCGCAGGUCGCGCGCAUGGUCGGCGAGGGCCUGCCGGAGGAUCGCAUUUCUACGGAGAAUGGCGCUAUUAUUACCUGUUGUAAACGAUGGCCUCUGAUAAUCGACCCGCAAGUGCAGGGCAUCAAGUGGCUCAAGCAGAAGCAGGAGAAGGACGGCUUUGUGCCUUGCUUAUUAACACAGAAAAAUUGGAUUCGAGCUAUGAGGGGCGGUAUCAGUGACGGCAUGUGCGUCAUCAUCGAGAACCUCGGCGAGGAGAUCGACGCGACGCUGGAUCCGGUCUUAUCGAGGGCGAUCUACAAGAAGGGUUCGUCGCUGUACAUCAAGUUCGGCGGCGAGGAGAUGAACUACGAUCCGGCCUUCUCGCUCUACAUGCAGACGCGCUUGGACAACCCCCACUACAAGCCCGAGAUUGCCGCGCAGUGUACGCUGAUCAACUUCAUCGCGACCGAGCGUGGUCUCGAGGACCAGUUGCUGGCCAAGACCGUCGGGGAGGAACGACCUGAUCUCGAAGCUGAAACACAACGACUCAAUGCGGAAGCCACCCAAUACAAGAUCCAACUACUGGACUUGGAGGACCAGUUGCUCGAGAGACUGGCCAAUGCCCCUGAUGAUAUUCUAAGUGAUAUUCCGCUCAUCGAAGGUUUGGAGGCCACGAAGAAGACGUCCAAGGAGAUCCAGGCCGCUCUCGCCGAGGGCGCGAAGGUCACGGCCGGCAUCUCCGUCGCGCGCGAGGUCUACCGCAAGCAGGCGUCGGAGGGCGCCAUGCUCUACUUCAUGCUCACGCGCAUGUGCGCCGUGGACCACAUGUACCAGUACUCGUUGGAUUCCUUCGUUACGUUCUUCCUCAAGUCCAUCGCGAAGGCUACCGCGGCCCCGAAGAUCGAGGACCGCGUCGCCAAUUUAGUCACCAGUCUGAGAAUGACGAUCUUCACCUGGGUCGCGAGAGGCUUGUUCACGCGCCACAAGCUCAUCUUCUUGUCCGUCAUCACGUUCGGAUUGAUGAAGCGAGGCACGCUCGGCGAAGAUAAUUUGAUUGAUCCCGUGCUGUUCGACUUCUUGUUGAAGGGGCCCAAGAAGGCCUCGGACGAGAAUCCUUUACAAUCAUGGCUGCCGCGACCGGCCUGGGAGGCCUGCCAAGCUCUAGCUGAUCUCGAUGAUUUUGGCAAGUUGCCUGCGGAUCUCGUGGAGGCCGCCCCGCGCUUCCGCGAGUGGUACAACCACGCCACGCCGGAAGCCGAGAAGCUACCGCUCGACUGGUCGCAACUAGAUCGGCCAGAUAAAGCGUUCAAGAAGAUGCUCGUCGUCCGUUCUCUCAGACCGGACCGCAUGGUCUCGCACUUGGCCAAUUUCCUGCGAACGACCAUGCCCGCCGGUGGCGAUUAUGUGGACUGCGACUCGACGCUGAACUCUGUGCAGAUUCUGAGGCAGUCUCUCGCGGAUAGCACGCCGCAGACGCCCAUUUACUUCAUUUUGUCGCCGGGUGCGGACGUCGUGGCCGAUCUCGAUAAGAUCGCCGCGGAACAGGAUCCUCCUUUCGUCAAUGGCGAGAAUUAUUUUAAUGUCUCCAUGGGCCAGGGCCAGGACGUCAUCGCCAUGUCCUACUUGGAAUCAGCGCAUCGCAAUGGCUCUUGGGUGAUCCUGAACAACAUCCAUUUGAUGCCGAAAUGGCUCCUAGAACUGGAGAAGAAGUUGGAUUCAUUUGGCGAUCAUUCCCAUGAUAAUUUCAGAUUGUUCCUAUCAUCUGAUCCGGCCAAGAACAUCCCGAUCGGUAUCCUGAACCGAUGCAUCAAGCUCACGAACGAGCCCCCGGGCGGCCUGAAAGCCAAUUUAGUCAGAGCCUUCUGCUUCUUCAGCAAGGAGUCCUUCGAAGAGCUCGACAGCAAGACGAAAUCUAUCUUGUUUGGACUCUGCCACUUCCACGCCGUGAUGAUGGAGCGCAAGUUGUAUGGUCCCAUGGGCUACAACAUGAUGUACCCGUUUGCCGUGGGUGACUUAAGAGACUCAGCAGUUAUCUUGAGCAACUACAUGGAGAACAGCGGAGGAGGCAAGAUCCCCUGGAUGGACCUGAAGUACUUGUUCGGCGAGAUCAUGUACGGCGGCCACAUCGUGAACGACUUCGAUCGCCUGACGUGCAAGGUCUACCUCGACUUCUUCAUGAAGGACGAGUUGUUGGACGAGACGGAGAUGUACCCCUACUCGGAGGAGGAAAAGGGUGUCUCGUUCAUGUGCCCCGCGCCGACUUCCUAUGAUAAUUAUUUGAAGCACAUCAAUGCUACCUUGACCUCUGACACUCCCGUGGCCUUUGGCUUGCACCCCAACGCCGAGAUCGACUUCAGAACGACGCAGAGUGAAGGCAUGUUCAAGACGUUAGUGGAAUUGCAGCCUCGAUCCGCGGGCGACGACGAGGGCGGCGGCAUGUCGCCCACGGAAGUCGCCGCAGCCAAGCUUGAUGACAUCAUGGAGCGCUUCGGCGAGAAGAAGUUCGACAUUGACGACCUCGAUGCGUCUCUCGACGACAAGGGCCCCUUCCAGAACUCGUUCCUGCAGGAGAUGGAGGUCAUGAACCGCCUGUUGGCGGAGAUUGUCCGUUCAUUGAAAGAAUUAACACUAGGCUUCAAGGGCGAGUUGUCGAUGAGCGACGCCAUGGAGGCCGUGUGCGACGCGUUGUUCAUGGACGAGGUGCCGCCGAAGUGGUCCAAGAUUUCUUGGGCCUCGAUGAAGGCGCUUUCCGGGUGGUUAGCGAACUUUACGGCUCGCUUAGGGCAAUUAGAAGAGUGGGCGGGCAACCCCACGGAGAUCCCCAAGUGCACGUGGCUGUCCUACUUGAUCAACCCGCAGUCGUUCCUCACGUCGGUCAACCAAGUCGCGGCGCAAAAGAACCAGUGGGAGCUCGAUAAGUUAGUGACGUUCACGGACGUGACGAAGUGGGAAGAUCAUAGUAAGGUCGACUCCGUCAGCCGAGACGGCGCCUACGUGUGCGGCUUCAACAUGCAGGGCGCGCGCUGGGACACGGGCGCGUCGACGAUCGACCGAAGCAAGCCCAAGGAGAUGUUCUUCGGCAUGCCCGUCCUGUCGAUCCGAGGCCUCUCGGCGGAGAAGGCCGACUUCGGCAACAUGUACAUGUGCCCGGUUUACAAGACCGAAUUCCGCGGGCCCACGUUUGUCUUCUGCGCGAACCUGAAGACGAAGAGUGCGGCCGGCCGGUGGACGCUCGCGGGCGUCGCGCUGAUCAUGGAGCUGACGGCCUAGGUGCCUAAAUAUAUUUGCAGCUCAUCUAAGCAUCCAUAGGGGCCUCAACGUAAUUUCAACGUACUACUAGUACUUGCCAGUGACUUGUUAGUUGUGAUUCCAGAAUCGCCCGAUCAUACUUUUAAUACCGGUGAUACUUCAUCUUGAUCGUGUCGUCGCUGCUAGGCGCAGAAAAAAAUUCCCGAGCCCCGUUUUACAUAUCUUUGCCUACUACUCAGGGCCGGGUGGGACUUGGGGUGGGAGGUAUACAUACGGUACAUACCCCAGGCGCCCCUGAGAUCGGCCCAUGCGGACAGGUGCGCGGGCCCUCUCCGCGUGCCAAGUUGUCGGAAUCCAAAUAUGUCUUAAGGGACAAAAUGCAUUUACAUGGGUAGGGGGGUAGGUACUUAAGUAUACAUAGGCAGCCUAUGUCCCUAGCUGGAGAGCGCUUUAUGACAUCAGCUUGACGAAUACGCGAUCGAGCUUAACGACUCGUGCGCGUACAUCGAAGCGCUGCUGUGAACCGUCUACGCCUGCCCAUUUCGCUGCCAUGGAGGCAUGGCUCAAAUGCCUUGUGCUCUCUCUAGCUUGGACAGCGUCUGCCUUCGUGGCUCGCGCACCCCGUCCAGCCAUGGCCGCGGCAUUGCGCCGCAGCUCCAGGCACGACGUCGCGUCCAGGCACGUCGCCUCGAUGGCCGCGACGUUGACGGACCCGACGCCGAGCUCGGGAGCCAUGCGCCCGGAAGCUACUAUUUCGCCCUCCGACCCGACGACCGAACAUGCCGCAGCCACUGAGACGACGAGCGGCGCGCCGGACUACUCGAGGUUCGACUGGAUGGAUCACUGGUAUCCCGUCGCGUGGACGCGCGACUUGCCCGUCGACGCCGUGACUAAGGUGACGCUCUUCGACGUGGACUACUGCGUGGUGAAUCGCGGCGAACGCGAACCGCUCGCCCUGGAGGACAAGUGCCCGCACCGCCUCGCGGCGCUCUCCGAGGGCAGACUCACGGCUCAGGGCUACGUCCAGUGCGCCUACCACGGCUGGAGCUUCGACGCGAGCGGCGAGUGCAAGUCCGUGCCCCAGCGCGAGGGCGGCGCGUCGACGGCCCUCUGUGCGACGGCGGUCCCGUGCCGCGUGGAACAGGGCCUGCUGUGGCUCUUUCCCGGCGCCGCCGCCGGCCGCGACGCCGACCGCUCCGCGCCGCCGCCGCGCGUCCCGGAGAUGGACGACCCGGCGUUCAAGUGGACGACGGCGAUCCGGGAUCUGCCCGUCGACUAUAGUAUUCUCGUCGAAAACAUCCUGGACCCGGAUCAUGGCUUAUUCGCCCAUCAAGCGGCUCCGUUCGACCUCUACACGGCGACGCGCGCCGCGCCGCAGACCGUCGCCGUCGACGAGUCGUCGCCGGGCUUUUUCUCGCUCUCGUCGGCCGUCGCCGCGGUGCCGAAGCUGGUGACGACGAUGAAAAAGGAAAUAAGACAGCCCGGGACCGUGGCGGGCACGACGCUGUACGGCGCGCAAAACGUCACCGGCGUUUCCACGUUCCGGCCUCCGAGCGCCAUCGCCACGGGCCGGCGCGACGCGGCGGGCGAAACAAAGUUCCAGGCCUGUUUCUGGCUCUGCCCGACGGGCGUGGGACGCACGCGGUUCAUGAGCGCCGGCGUCGGCCGCCUGCCGGUCGCGGUGCCGCGGUGGCUCCAGCACGUCGGGCUCAACAACUUCCUCGACCAGGACACGCACCUCCUCGCGACGCAGCAGCCAUACGUUUUACAGGCCGAGUACGACGCCGCGAAGUCGGGCGCCCCCCUCGUCCGCCGCCAGCUCUACAAGUACUCGUCGCCCACGGAGCGGCUGCUGGUCGAGGUCGGGAAGUUUAUGGACGCUGCCGUGCCCAAAACGCCGAACAGAUACGCCGAGCCCCUUAAACUUCUCAUGCCGUGCCCGCCCCGGGAGACGACGCUCGACCGCUACGCGCAGCACACGCAAGUGUGCCCCGACUCGCGAGGCGCGGUCCGCAACGCCAAGGCCCUGCGUCUCGUGUCCUGGGCAGCGGCCGCGACGGUCGCUGCCGGGCGCGUGGCCCGCCUCGGCUCCGUGGCGCGGGCGGCGGCGAGCCCCGCGGCCCUCGGCCUCGCGGCGCUCGGCUACGCGGCGCACGCGUUCGUCGGCGAAUUCGCGUUCAAGUACGGCUCCGCGAAGCGCGACCGCGACCUCCGCGGCAUCCCGAAGGUGUAUGCCGACGAGCGGCUCGACGACUAGUCUGUUGUAUAAGUGACUGUACAUUAUUACUUCACAUGACGCCGCGCCACGCGCCCGCGGCGACGUCACCGCUCUCGGAGAUCAGGAGUCCGAUCGACAUGUUCGUCUCGCUGUUCUGUUUCGCGCAGUGGUAGAGGCGCAGCGCGUCGCCGUCGGCGACGAGGUAGGGCGUCCCCACGACCUGGGCCGUCCAGGCGCCCAGGGGAGCGAUACCGGGCGCGACGAUGGCUUGUCCGUCGCCGACGCGGGCCCAGGUCCGGCCGCCGUCCGACGACGUCGCCGCGCCGAGGCGGUGCGUGCCCGAGAACGUGCCUCCGCCGUCGACGCCCUCGUAGACCAUGAGCGCGUGGUCGCCGCGCUUGAUCACCGAACGCGUACCCACGCCCGUCUCGUCAAAGGCUCCGGCCGGGCCGACGUCGAGCGCGAGGCGGCGGUCGGCCCACGAGAGGCCCGCGUCGGUCGACGUCGCCGAGAAGGCUCUCCAGUGCGUGCCGUUGAAGGCGUGGUAGAGCAUGACCCACUCCUUAUCGUAGCGCAGGAUCCGCGGCCACGACGCGAACAAGCCCUCCUCGGCCCGCGCCUCGAGGACCGGGCCCGCGCCGUCGGCGCCGGAGCCGCAGCGCGUCCAGCUUUGCCCGCCGUCUACCGAACGCGCGCGGCCGAUCUGCAUUGCGAGGCCGCGGUAGGCUUUGCCAGAGGCGCUCGCCUCCCCGCCACCGCCUCCGCCGCCGCCAAAGUAGAACAUGAGCAGCGAGCCGUCGUCCUCCCGGAUCACGUCCCCGACGCCCGUGUGGAGCCCGUCCCAGGCGUCGACGUUGUCCGCCGGGCCGAAGACACUUUUAUCGGCGCGCGGGCCGUCGACCUUGCUCCAGCGCACGCCGUCCGCGGACUCCGCGAGGCCGCUGGUUCCGGUUGGCAGGAACCCGACCGUGCCGUCGGACCAGUUACCGUUAUUACCAUAGUACCACAUCUUCCAGCGGUCCUCACCAGGUCCGGGCUUGAGGACGACGGGAUUCGCUAUACAGGCCGAGUCCCAGCGCUCCGGCCGGUCCGCCGACGGCGAAAGGACGGGGGCCAGCGACGACGGUUCGUCAGAGUCUGUCGUCGCUGCCACCGGUCCCGCGCGACGGAUGCUGCGCUUGCAGACGAAAGCGUCGGUCGUCUGAGCCAGGAUGAGCACUAUAACUACGCGCGGCAUUGCAAAAUGGCAGCACUGCAGUGCAGGUUACUGAUGACUGUCAGUGUAUUAUCGACAACACAAAACACCGAUGCACGGCAGCUUUGCAGGCUCGCUUGCGCACCUACAGAACGCUGUGCUGGGAGCGUAAGCACGCUGAGAGAGUAUGCACAGCUGCUAUAUCGAGCCAGUGAAAGUCUGCAAUUAAGUCUGCCUAGUGUGUGUCAUUACGCUAGCCCGAGGUCCGGCCUCAGCGCAGCGCGGGUAAUUUGCGCUCUACUGGGGCUCAGGGGCCGUUGGACUCUGUCGCCGCAUAACACCCGCGAAAGAUCCGCUGGCUCCCGCGCCGCGCCGCCCGUAACGUGCAGCGAGCGGAGAGCACUCUCCCAGGCGACCAACAUGGGCGCCCAAUUCUCGACGGCCGGCCGGAGAGAAGCCGCGCGCAAGCGGCGCGCCGAGACGCGCGACACCGCCCUCCGGCAAGCAAAACGGCGCAUCGCGCGGCCCUGCCGCUUCGGUCUGCCGGAAGACGCGCUGCUGGGCGUCCUGGCCUUUGCUGAUUACCCUGGCGUCGCCUACGGCUCGGCUGUCUGCCGCGAGUUCCGCGACGCUCUAUCAAAGAUUAAGCCCGACCUGCUGCACAGCCUAGCGCUGCACCGCUUCCCGCAGCUGCGAUUGGUAAGAGCGCCGCGGUGCAUGCGGCCGGACCCGCGCCAGCUCUUCGAGUCGCAGCGACGCCUGGUGGCGCCGCAGCCGCGGCCGGUCCCUACCAUCACGCCCCGGCGCGACCUCGAUUCGUACAUCUUCUCGCUGGAGCUCUCGACGCGCCGCCACGGCACCGACGAGGCCAAGAGCGUGAUCCACGUCGGCGAGGGCCGCGUGAGGCGAGAAGAGGGCCGCCCGAGCUUCCAGUUCGACGUCCCCGCGUCGAUCUUCACGGCCCUCAUGCUGGACGACGUGCCGCUCGACAUAUAUGCCACCGUAUUAUGCUUUAAAAGGGGCACGUGGCAGCGGUGCGUGCUCACGCAGACCGAGGUCGACGACUGUGAUGGAGAUACAUUUUUCUUUGAUUGGACCGAAGUGCCUGGCCCGGGACAAGACAGCGAGCGCGGCCGACUCUUAGCGUGGCUGCGCCAGAACCCGGAGCAGAACGCUGAUGGGAUGAACGUAUCCGCGUGGCCGCUCCUGAAACUGACCUGGGAUUACGCGGCCGGCGGCUCCAUGAGCCACGUGAACGCGCACCUCAUGUGGGAGUCCGUCGGGGACUUGUUCGACAUGAGCGAGGCCCAGGCGCGCUGUACGCUCGAGCAUUGGUGCGCGUGGACCGGGUAAGGAGCUAAGUGUACAUAGAGCAUGGCUCAACAUCGCCGGCGGCAUCAGGCAGAUGCAUCGGGAUAUGUAGCACGCCGUCGCCGCGACUCGAGAGGGAGAAAGACUUGAGAAAAGCUAUACUUAUCGUGCGCAUGGGGAGUCCAUUUACCGAGAAGGGAACUCACGCCUCACGCGCCCAGGAGCCGCCCCGGGUCGCGCCCCGCCUCCAGAAAUAAGGGCGACCGCGGCGGCGACCGCAGCGGCGACGACGGCGCCGCGAAGACGAGGCGGGCGUCGCGGUCGUCGUCGUCCGCGGCGCAGCACCAGCAGCCCGCCUCUUUUUGGCGCGCCUCGGGCACGCGCCGCUGCGAAAAGGGCACGGGCGACGACCAGCAGGGCGACGGCGGACAUCGAAAGCCGUCGCUGUCGGAGUCGUCGCGGCCGCCCUCGCCGACGUGUAGUCUAGAGCCGUUCCGCCGCGCGUUCCUCAAAGAGUCAAACAAGUCCUUCAGGCGGUCAAAAGACGAAUGUUCCCUUCGCAUGUCCGCGGGCUCGUUGGACACGGCUCGUCGGAGGCGCGCGACCUCGUUUUCCAGGCGCGCGCGAUCCCGCUCGGCGCGGUCGCGGUCUAUGCGCGCCCGCGCCGCCGCCUGCUCGCUCGCCUCUAGGCGCGCGGCGUCGGACGCCGACCGCGCCGCGGCCUUGCGCGCCUCGGCGCGGAACCGGUCGACUGUGGACGCGUCGACGCUGCUGCUCGACGCCUCAUCAGCAAAAGUCUCGCAGGCGUCGAGAAAGCCGCGUGCCGGUGCGGCCACGGUCUCGGCGGGCGUAGCUUGUCGUGCGUUCAUUUUUAGUUUCCGCGCGCGUCGCUGGUGCUGCUCACGCGUCGACGGCGUCAGUGGCAGCGUCUCUGACGCGCUCGCGCUUGUUUUUGCCGCUGUUGCUGCGGUCUUGCCUUUUGUGUGAUUAAAAGCUCUGCAGUUGUCCGAGACUGCAGAUUUCUUGCCACUUCGCGUACACAGAUACUGCUGUAGUACUUCCGCUGCUCAACGUCGUGUCGGCGUGCUACCGGCAGCCAAUUAUGGACUUUUUCGAUACAAUGCGUAGUGCUGAUGUCGACUUUUUGGCGGGUCAGCCGAGAAGCGCGAGCCGCCCUCAGCAGCCCUCCCAGGUCCUGUUGCACUGCCCCACGACCGCUCUCGCGAGAAACGUAAUCGGCGGCGGCCGAGCCCGCACUCACACAGCGCUCGAGCUCUCCAGACGCGCAAAGACGCUGGUACCACUGCCCAAGAGGCUCCCAAAGCCGCAACAAAGCGAGUAGUAAGAGCCGUCGACCACCGGUAGCCGCGCGCACCCCAAGCGCAUUGCCAGGGGCAGCCUUCAGCCCUUGGGGCAGCCCCCACGACAACCACCAUGAAGCGCGCCGGCACGCCGCAAGAGCGCGCUCUAGCUCAAAUGAAGCUGAAAGCAGCCGCCACCGCUUCAAGAUCCGCAGCGCUCUUCCAGAAGUCCGUCGCGAGCGCGAGUGAGAGCCGGCCCACGUCGAAGCGAGGAAAAAAAACAAAGAAGAAGAAGCGCUUGUACAAGCGCCCGAAGGCGUGGGAGGAGUGCUGGGUCGACGUGCGAAAGAAGCAGGACGCCUUCGGCCAGAAGUGGAAGGUCUGGCCGUCGCAAGUGCCGAGACGCGCUGUUACGUUACUGGGGACGUGCCUCUACGUCGAACCCGAGACGGCUAAGGCGUCGAACGGCUGGUGGGCGCCGAAGCGCACCGUCUGCCUCGGAGAAGAGAACGAGAAAAUCGAUCAGAUUCCCCCGGAGUGGCUCACGGCACCUCCAAACAAGUACGACAAACACAUCAAGGCCGCGGCCAAGGAGGAGGACUGGCUCCUCGAGGUGUCCGUGGAAAGGAAGAUGAAGGCGUUGUGUCGGGCGUCGAACGCGCUGGAGAUUUUUAACCAGUAUGAUGAUGACGGGAGCGGCGAGCUCGACGGAGACGAGUUCCGCGCGAUGAUGGCGCUGACUCGGAGCAGAAAAUGGGCUUCAACGUGACGUGGUCGCGGCGAUGGCGUGCCUCGACGCCGUCGAUGCGGCCGCAUGAGAGCGUUUCGUGACGGUGUCGUUCCCACACAGGCUCAUAUUGGAGAGGACCUCUCCGAGGAGAAGAUCGAGAACUUGCUAGCUGCGCUGGAUCCUUCCGGCGAUGGUGCGGUCGACUUUGACGAGUUCAAGCAGUUCAUCAACCGGAGGGACAAGGUCGGCAUUUCGCAAAGUAGAGAAUUUUGCGGUACCUAUGACACUUCUUUCAAGGACCAGCUCCUCAAGCUCUACGACCCGAAAAAAGUAGCGCCGAAGUUCCACCCCUUGUAUACGCUGAAAGCGCUGUGUAAGCGGGAAAGUCUGAAAUUCGAUCCGAGCAUCCGAAGGCACUUGAACGUCCUCUGGAAGGAGAUCGACGAGGACAAGUCGGGGCGCAUCGAGUACGACGAGUACGUGCCCAUGCACCGGCGCUGCUGCGAGAUCAUGGUCUCGCUGACGAAGAUCGAGGUCGAGUCGAUCAGUGGGAAGAAAGUCAACGUCGGAACGGGUUUGCCGCCCAAACUACUCACGCGCGACGGCCGCAUCAACCACGAGGAGCACGAAAAAUUAGCGCAGGAGGACUGGGAGAUCGACAACGGGGGCAUGGGCUUCCUCGACUACGAGCGCUUCGCGUCGUGCUGGUGCGGACGCGGCGUCUUUCACGCCAUCGACGCGCGUCGUCUCGGACCGCGUCGAUGGCGUCGUCACAACGCAGGUUCCAGAUCGCCGACCAGUUCACCGACAAAAUAGCACUCGAGGAAUACGAGAAGUUCCUGGGGCGGAUCGUGGAGCAGGUCGUGCCGGAAGAGCCAGAGGAGGAGCCCGUUCCUAGGAGGAGCUCCAUCGAUUCGUUGAUCUCGCACCUGAGGAACGAGGAGGUCGCAGAGAUCGUGACCGACGUCUUCGAGGAGAUGUCGUAUGAAGUGUGGGUCUCGAAUUUGGGCGCGGUGUUGACACAAGUGAAACUGGAUGAAAAACCGGUGGAAGAGAUCUUCGUGUCUAUUACUCCCAGAAAAUUACGUACGAGGGUCGAAGUGAUAGUGGCCAAGGCUAAUACCGAGGGGACUGCGGGUUCCAUGGAAGAGAAAUUUCUUGAUUUGGAUUAUUAUGCGAUACAGAUCCAGCGAGUCAUGCGGGGGAAGAGAGGUAGGCGACGGUGGAAGGAUCGGUUGGCGCGGUGGGUGAGGCGUUCCCAAGACUUGCUGACUUCUGCCCUAAGGACACAAAGUACAAGAAGAGGUAUCCUGGGCCGACGAGCGGCCGAUGAGGAGCGAAACCGGCAGGACGAGUUGUUAAGGAAGGCUCGCGAAGCGCGAGAACUGCGGAAGUUAAGGGAAUUAUCAGCUUUGAAGAUCCAGUGUUAUCAUAGACGUGCUCGGGCUAUUCAAUUACUAUUAAGGAUGCGGCGACUAGCUCAGGCCAAAGCGGGGCCCGUGGUCUGCGACCUGGCGGAGCUCGAAACUUUUUUUGACGAGGAGCCCAUUAUUCCUGUCCAGUCCGUUAUGCCGGUGUUUACCUUCAUCCAAGUACCACAUGAGAUCAAGAUACCGGUUGUGGUUAAGGAAGAGCCGGCCUUCGACCACGAGGCGGAACGGUUGCGCAUACUAGAAGAGAUGCGCCGCGCGGAGGAGGCGCUGGAAUUAGAUAGGAAAGCGGCCGCUCGUGCGGCCGCCGAGGCGGCGCGGGAGAAUGAACGAAGGGCCAAGGAACGGUUGCGUCUGGCAUUGGAGGCCUUUACGACUGGUCGUUAUGAGAAGAUCAGGAAGCGGUUCCUGAUCAAGUACGUCAUCGAGCCGUACCGCUGGCGCAAGGAGCAAGAGCGCUGGAAGGCUAAUAGAGCCAAAAGAGCUAGACCGUCGAUCUUCCGAGGGGGCUACUGGUCCGACCUAUCUGAUGAAGAAGAACCGGAGGCAGAGGAAGUAGUCGAAGCGCGACCAAAAAAGGAGAUGCCCUGCGCCAAAUGUGGCCAAAGAGUCGUGUGCGUCUGUGAGUCGGAGAGAUACCGGGUCAGGAAGGAGCUGCGGAGGAAGAAAUUAGGACCCACAAGACAGAAGGCCGCUUUCGCGCGGAAGCACCCGACGCCCGCCGACGUCGACGCGUUGGUGGACCUGCAGCAAGCGGAGGUGGCUCGCUUAGCGAGAGAAGAAGAGCAACGUAGUUCAAACAAGAGGAAAAAAGGAGUGCUGUCCCUACCUCACAUCGUGGGCGCCGAAGACCCGCCGGAACUGAUGAAGUUCUUCGCGUCUCGCGACGGGCCGCCCUCCGCCGGCGACCAGUGGAUGACGUUAGAAAAUGUCAAAGAACAACAGACGCGGUCCGACCGGUUCAAGCGGAACCUGGCUACCUCCCGGCGACUGAAGCAGGCGACGGGCGAGAUCGAGCUAAGUGUGAGGGACAAGAUGAUCUACCGGACUCUCACCGCUCCGGUGUUGCCGCCCCGUCCUUGGUCAUCUCAGAUUGACGACCAUGGACGGGCCCCGUCUUACAAGCGGGCUAUGACGUCGGGAAGCAUUGUGCCGCUCGACGGGUCGGGGCGGUGGUAAGAAGAUGUUGUGUUA